AUGGCGUACAUCAAUCCCGAUAUCAAUCAAGAGUCCGUAAUUCCCCGCAAGAAGGAUACUUUCACCGCGUCCCUCCAAGUGUAUGCUACGAAUUAUGUUCGCGGUGAACUAUUGCUCCCUCCCGCAAAAUUGUUGCAAACGUUGGUGCAAUUUUGUUUGAUGCUCCCGAACCACUACGCCAAGCACUCGUUUGACAAUGAAGCAGUGGGGGCGUAUUUCGCUAGCAAUUGCUGGGUGGACGCGGAAGAAAGGUGGUCCGUCGUGCUUCGUGCGUUAGGCAGCGACCGCGUGCUGUCAGAGUACCGCGCAUGGAGUCAGUACCAACCGAACCCUAUCAACUGGCGCGUGAUUUGGCCCAGACAACGACGUGUGCCCAUGCCAGUAGAAGACCUCGUCCUGCAAGUGCAUGCGGGUCUUGACGACUUCGAGGGGCUUGGAGAUCACUGA